CAUCGGAAAGGAACGUUGUGAAGGAAGAAGAAAAUGGCAAAAUGGUGCUGUGCAUUUUGAGAAGGAAUAGCCGAUGACUAUGGCCUCGGCAGGCGGCGAGUUUGUGGAAGGCUGGUUGGUAGCACAAGUUCUUGGCGAAGGUGCUUAUGGAGAUAUCACUAAUUGCAGAUAGACUAUCUGUUCAAUGGUAUUAUUUGAUAUCCAAGUUCUUGAGGACAAACAAAAUUCAAUUAUAAUAACAAAACAUUAAAUCUGGUCAAGAGUAUCCGAACCUGCAGAGCUUGCAUGAAGAGAGUUAUGAAUGUGGUUGAAGCGAAGAAGAUAUGCAGAGAUCAUGGGUGCGUCUACUAGUACACUCGCGGAGCGGUGCCGCAGUAGCGCUGAAGGUGCUGAAAGGCGGCGCAGACGCAGCUCGCGAGGCAGCCCUGCACCGCGCUCUGCGACACCCGCACGUACUGCGCUGUCUCGGAGAACGGACGCAUCGGGACCAACACUAUAUGUUUCUGGAAUACGCGCAGGGCGGCGAACUUUUUGAUAAAAUUGAGCCUGACGUUGGCAUGAACACUACAAUGGCCCGUCGCUACUGGGGCCAGCUGCUGGAAGGUCUGCAGUACUUGCACGGAAGAGGCGUGGCUCAUCGCGACAUCAAGCCGGAAAACUUGCUACUUGACCACAACGACCUCCUCAAAAUAUCGGACUUUGGAAUGGCUACAUUGUUCAGGCACGGGUCCCGCGAGCGGCUGCUGUCGCGCGUGUGCGGCACCGUGCCGUACGCCGCGCCCGAGGUGCUGCGCGCCGCGCGCCGGCCGUACCGGGCGCCGCCCGCAGACCUCUGGGCCGCGGCCGUUGUGCUGCUCGCCAUGUUGGCCGGUGAAUUGCCGUGGCAGCGGGCGGAUUCAUCAGAUGCCCGGUUCGUGUCUUGGAGCGCUGGUGAAGUGAGCACGAGCAGUAUUUGGAGCAAACUUCGUGGCAAUGCGCGGGCGCUGAUGCAACGCGCGCUAGACCCGUUGCCUGAGAGAAGACUCACACUGCACGCGCUAUUGGCGCAUCCCUGGAUGCAGCACGAUGAGCCCGAUAACGUCCGAAUAUGCCGAUCGCAACCUGCUCGUAGCUCGGUGUGCGAGUUGUCGCCGUCCGCCGCCGACAUGGAGGCGCUGUUGUCGCACUCGCAGCCCGCCGCCGCUGACGACUUGCUGCUAUCACAAGACAGCGGGCUCACCGCUACACAGCCCAGUAUAAUGCAGCGGCUUGUGCGGCGGAUGACACGCGUGUGGAUGAAAUGCGACGAGGCUAAGGCGCUCAGCGCGCUGUGUGACGCGCUGCGUGACAAGGGAUAUGUGUGGAGAUACCUCAACCCUAAACUCCUGGCGAUCGAAUGCGACGGCGAGUUACGCAUACGUGCCUGGGUGGUGCCCACCGAAGGAGGUUCACUGCUAGAGUUCCGACGCUCACGCGGCUGCGGCUUGGAGUUCAAACGACGAUAUCGAGUGAUAAGAGAAGCUUUGCAGCCGUUAGCCGCGCCACCUCCACAACUCAUGGACACUGAUUGACAAACGACCUAGACAUUCUACAAGUCUGGUUGAGUCUUAUGUCUAACAUUCUACAAAAGUCCUAGGAUCGAGCGAGACUCAAGUGGCGUCCAAAUAUAUGCAUACAGCCGCUCUCUGUAAUAUGGGACCAAUGAUUUAUUUAUGACAAUCUUAGUAAUACGAUGAUUUUUGCAUGUAAGGUAUUCUGUUUUGAUAUUGUAAUUUUUCAUUAAAUUUAAUUGAAAAAUA